AAUGGUGAAGGAUUUUGUCACUAGAAAUAGAAGUCAGGAAUUACGACAACUUAUAAAAGUAUUGGGUCAAGAUUUUGCUGGCUCCCAGAACCCAAACACACGGAAAGGUGGCCUUAUAGGUCUUGCGGCAACAGCCAUAGCCCUUGGAAAGGACACUGGUCAAUAUACCCAGGAGCUUAUCUUACCAAUUCUGGCAUGUUUCUCAGACUCAGAUUCUAGGGUCCGUUACUAUGCUUGUGAAAGUCUGUAUAAUGUUGUGAAAGUAGCUAGAGGAGCUGUCUUGCCCCAUUUUGCUGAGAUAUUUAGUGCUCUUAGUAAAUUAGCUGCUGACCCAGAGCAGAAUGUCAAAAAUGCUUCUGAACUGCUUGAUCGGUUAAUGAAGGAUAUUGUAAGUGAAGAUCCAUCCUUUAACAUGGUAGGUUUCAUGGAACUCUUAAGAGAAAGAAUUUACAGCAGAAAUGCUUUCACAAGACAAUUUAUAAUAUCAUGGGUGUCAGUCCUGUAUGCUGUUCCUGACAUGGACUUUAUAGUUCUCCUUCCUGAAAUCCUCGAUGGGCUUUUGAGAAUGCUUGACGAACCUACAUUGGAAAUUAAAAAGACAUGUGAUACAGUUCUUGGAGAAUUUCUAAGAAGCAUAAAGCAAGAUCCCAGUCGAGUUGAUUUUCCUAUGAUGAUCAACAUAUUAAUUGUUCAUAGCCAAGCACAAGAUGAAUUUCUUCAAUUGACAGCAAUAACAUGGAUCAAAGAAUUUGUGCAGCUGUCAGGGAGAAAUAUGCUACCAUUUGCCUCAGGAAUUUUAACAGCUAUUUUGCCAUGUCUGUCAUAUGACACAGACUCUCGUAAAAAUAUCAGAGAAACAGCAAAAGCUGUUAAUUUCAUUCUCACUAAACUAAUAACAGAUGAAAAGGAUAAUAAUGAAAGUGGUGAUGAUCUCAACCUUCCAUCUAUAAUAGAUGUUCUCCAAAAGCAUUUAGUCCAUUCAGCUGUUCCAACAAAAGUGGCAGCACUACAAUGGGUUUAUCAUCUCCAUACAAACAUACCAGAUAGAAUGUUGCUUCAUGUGGAUGAACUUUUCACAGUGCUGCUAAAAGUUCUUUCUGAUUCAGCUGAUGAGGUGGUGCAGCAGGAUAUAGAAGUUUUAGCUGAAUUUAUGUCUUACCCUUCCUCUGGAGAUACCUCAACUGGUGCCAGAAUUCCAAAUUCAAAAAAUCCUUAUUUCUCUAAAUUCAUUGUAAGCUUGUUGAAGCUUUUUAGCACAGACCAUCAUUUACUAGAGGACAGAGGCUCAUUCAUAAUAAGGCAACUUUGUGUUCUUCUUGAUGCGGAAGAUAUUUACAGAACUCUAGCAACCAUUUUGACAAGAGAGGAAAACUUGUCUUUUGCUCCAACAAUGGUGGAUACUCUGAACACAAUCCUUUUAACAGCCGCUGAACUAUUUGAACUAAGAAAUAAAUUAAAAGAACUUUCUACAAAGGAAAGCUGCUCAUUGUUUUGUCAACUUUAUGAAUUGUGGUGCAACAAUCCUGUGGCCACGGUCUCUCUUUGUCUGCUCACUCAAAAUUAUGCCCAUGCAAGUCGCCUGAUAAGAAACUUUGGGGGCCUAGAGGUAACUGUUGAGUUCCUUAUAGAAAUAGACAGGCUGGUCCAGUUACUUGAAUCUCCCAUAUUUACAUUUGUUCGUCUGGAACUCCUUGAAAUACCCCACAAUCAACACCUGGUCCAAGCAUUGUAUGGUUUACUAAUGCUAUUACCUCAAACUGAAGCUUUUCACAUGUUGAGACGCAGGUUGAACUGCAUACCAACUCUUCAUUUACAAAAUGGUUACGUACAAGGAGGGAUUACUGAGAAACCAGACACACGGCCUGGUGUCAAAGAAAUUGAUUUUGACAAACUCUUGAAGCAAUUCUUAGAAAUACAAGAGAAACACCAAAAAAGCAAGCAGAAGAGUCGUAAAAUAGGAAUGCUUCAGCAGGGUGUCAGUAAUAUGGAUAUUCAAUAAUGAUGACAAAGAGAAAGUAUCCAAUCAGAAAAAUGCAUUUUGCUCUAGAUGUUUUUGCUGUAUGUGGUGUUGGAUUGCUGAUUGAUGUAAUUAUUGAAUGAAUGAGGUUUUCUUGCUUGAUAUUCGUUUAUAUUCUUAUACAAACAUAAUUCGUAUAUUAUAGUAUUGUUGUUAUGAGGCAAUCUCAAUGCAUUUUAUCCUGGCAUUUGUUACAUUGUCGAUAGUUUAGAUUGUUUUUAAUGUUACAUAAUUAAAUAUUUCAUUCAAGAAUUCCA